UCUCUGCUGGAUGUGAAGUCUCUGUUGCUCCACCUUGCUCACCAGUUCCUCUUCCUAUAAGGGAUCUCUCCAGCAUUCACUGUAGUCACACUACCUAGGAUCCAUAUACAGAGAAAGUCCAGUGGUGGAGUAGGGACAUACCAGAGCCACUGUCAUCUCCUCUGGGUGCUGAGCAACAGGAGGGAACCUGACUGGACCUGUUAAGACCUUAAAACCCCCAGCAUCUUCACCAUGAACGCUGAUAAGCAUCCUGAAUUCACAUCCCCAGGGGAAGACGAGAUGGAAACUUGCAGUGAUGUUGCAGAGAUGAAGGCACAGGGGGAGGAAGAGCAGAAAGAGGACAGCUCUGUCACUGUGAAUGGAAUGCAUUCGGAUGCUGUCAUGGAUGCACGUGUAAUAAAGACCGAGGUGGAGGAGACAGAUGAUAAUGAGCAGGCAGUGCUUGCACCCAAAGAGGAGGCAGAGGGGGACAGUGAGGAUGGGAUGGAGGAAGGGAUGGAUGAGGAAAGGACAGAGGAGGACAACGAUGAGCAGAGAGACGAAGACUGCCUGAACGAGCCCCAGGACCUGUCUCUGGUGGACUACUCCCGUUACGAAACAUCAUCCCUACCAGAAGGCCAGACCACCACCCCUUCGGACGACGUCACAGAUGGUAGCUACUUGCCUGGGUCCACGGGGUCCCGAAUCCCGACGCAGGGGAAACUAAGCUGCGACAUCUGCGGCCUGUCCUGCAUCAGCAUUAAUGUGCUGUUGGUGCACAAACGCAGCCACACUGGUGAGAGGCCAUUCCACUGCACUCAGUGUGGGGCCUCCUUCACCCAGAAGGGAAACCUGCUUCGCCACAUCAAACUGCACUCUGGAGAGAAGCCUUUCAAAUGCCCUAUGUGCAGCUACGCCUGCCGACGACGUGACGCUCUGAGCGGGCACCUGCGCACCCAUUCUGUAGAGAAGCCCUUCAAGUGCAACCACUGCAGCCGCAGCUACAAGCAGCGGAGCUCCCUCGACGAGCACAGAGAGAGGUGCCAUGUAUACAUUCAGAACAAAGGUCCCGCUGAGAGAGCAGAGGACAGCCACUCAGCCAGGUCUCAGAUGGGGUCUGAGCGCGCGCUGCUUCUCGAUAGGCUCGCCAGCAACGUUGCCAAGCGGAAAAGCUCAAUGCCACAGAAGUUCACUGGAGAUAAUGGGGUCUGCCUGGAUCUGAGCUUUAACAGGGAACUGCUCAACCGGUCUGACAUGAAGGAACCUCCACCAGGCUCACCGGGGCCAGACGGCCAGCUGCAGACCGUCCUCACAGGCCCUGAUGGCGACCAACACCCCACCCACAGACCGUACCCCAUCCCAUUAAACCGCACCGAUAUUAACCCAAUGAGCCUCACCAACGGCCACAAGAUGCCUCUUUUGGGCCUCGCUCAUGGAGCACAGCCACCCCUCGGCAUGGACUCCUUUCACAACGACACAUCGCAGAUGGCCCAGCCCAUCAUGUACAGCUUGGGUCACCUGCUGGGGGGGAUCAAUCACCAGAACGGCGUCCCUCACCCACACAGCCAGCCGAUCCCCCUGUCUCCCCUGGAGGCUCUGCGAGUGAUGCGGGCAGACGGGGAGGCCGGGGCGCCCCCUGGAGCAGUGUACCCCUGCGGCCACUGCAGGGUGCUCUUCCUGGACUAUGUUAUGUUCACCAUCCACAUGGGAUGCCACGGUUUCCGCGAUCCACUUGAAUGCAAUGUGUGUGGCCACCGCAGCCGGGACCGUUACGAGUUCUCCUCCCACAUAGCUCGCGGCGAGCACCGCCUAGAACUCAAGUAGACUCCAUAGAGUGGUGACACAAACCGUCACCACUCUAUGGAGACAGACAGCGAUUUAGUCAUUUAAGGAGCUGGUAGUAUUAGAAAUGAAAGCAUGAAGUAGCAGCUCUGUCUGUCCUUUGUGUUUGUUAAAGUGUGUGUGAGUAUAAACGUAGGUGUGCAGUGGCUGUUCUUAGUCAUCCUGCACUCUUCUGAAAAGAUGGCCUCUAAAAAGUUAUUGCAGGAGUAAUUUUUACUCCCUACCAAGCAUUUAUUUGUUCUUACCAGGGUUGUCUUUUUGCAUCAUAGAGCCAUGAGUUUCCACUCGCCCAAAGCAGUACAAGGUCAUGUAUUUAUGCUGUGUCUACGGUUUUAUUCUGUUUGUAUAAAGAUGUACAAAAUAAAAGAACAAUCCUGUCAUCACACACAACAUGCAGAAGGUAGAGAGAUGUUUUAACUUGGCAAUUCUGACGGUGAAAAAAAAAACGAAAACAUCCUAUUAUCUCGAAGGUCACAUGUCUCUUUUUUUAAGGCUGUGGUUUUCAGAGAUCUGCAGUUCACGGCUUCAAAGGACACCACUCUACACCAUGUGCUGGUUUCUCACUCCAGAAUAAUAUACUCAUUUAACGUUCCCACGAGGUAGAAAUGUCUCAGUUUUACCGUUUUCAUUACAGAAUAGUCAUUAUGUUGUAGCAGAUAAGGAGAAAUAUUCCAGUGCAGUCUAUGUUAAGUAGUUACUCGAUCAUCCCUCGGAUGCUUCACAGGUUCAGAUCUUAGAGUUAAUCCUUUCCAUGAUAAGAAAUGGCUCGAUGUCUCUCGGGUCAUUGUGAUAUCUGGGAAACAAACAACAAUUAGAGGUGUAAAGGUUGAGGGAGGAGUGUCUAACUCGGGUUAUUCAGUUAGGAAAGGAAGAAAGCACAAAAAGUAGUCAGCAGUUUCUCUUUCCUUCGCCUCACCCACAGAAUUGAUAUUAACAGUAAUCCCCACAGCAUGAUGCUGCCUCCACCAUGCCAGUAAAACUCCAGAUAUGGGAACUUAUCUGUGCAGUGGCCCAGAAAGAAAAAAAUUGCUUUAAAAAUGUAAGGUUUUGUGGGAAUUUUCGACAUGACACACUUUUAAAAACUUCCGCUGACGGCCAAAAUGUGCACAGCGGGGAAGUUUUGGUGAGCACUCAUAAAAAAAAAAGAAAAAAGAAAAAAGUCAAGCCACAGAGCUACUUUAUCAUGAGCGUGCGUCGGGUGUGUGAGCGUAUGUGGAUGCGUUUCACCCACACGGCAGUGCAGGAACUUAUUCACGCCUUGCUGCCUUUAAGACCAAUAGAGGGUGUUAGCUUCUUCCAGCUGCUGCCUCACUAUCUGUCCUCUCCAUCGGAGCCAGUUCCCCUUUCUCUCUUUGGGUUUGAAGAGAAGUGACACUUGUGAGGCCAAACUGUCUUCACAGCUUCGAUUCCACAUGUCGAGUUAAAAAGCCAAGUCAUUCAUUACAACAGCACAGCUUAGCUGCUUCUCUAUUCCCAAGUACAAAAUGUUAAAUUCAAGGCAUUCGUCUUCUGGGUAGUUUCUGAUGCUGAGGAGAUAAACUGUGACUAAAGCAGAUCUAGUUCUGGUUCAUGUAAAUGUCAGACUCCUUUUUUGCAAACUUUACAUGUUAUAGACUUAAAAUAGCCAGAACAUCUCAUUUUCAACUUAAACCCCAAAAGGUUUAGAAGUCAGAGUCAAUAUAUCAUAAGAUAAUUGUCUGGUUUUUAGUGACAUCUACUGACUGGCUCUUGGGAUUUAGUUAAUAAAAUCUCCACUAAUGUAUUUCCUUAAGGUUCUUGAGCUAUUGUCGGUGCUUGGGCUGGCUCUAACAGGCAAAACGAAGAGUUAAGACGAGUAAAGAGUAGUUGAGGGACCUUCCAGUACAAAGUUAAACAGAUGGACAAUGACCUAAAAGUUACCACAGCAUCUCUCUGAUGUGUUCCAGCAAACCUAACCAAACCGUUUUCAAGUUUCAAGUUGAGGAACUCUUGGCCCGCUUUGGUACUUUGACAUCUCAUGAAUAAUUUUACCUGUACAUGCCAGCACAUGAAGCUUUAAAAAAAUAACGUUUUCUCAAACCUUUACAUGAGUUUGAAAGAGUUCAUAUAAUACAAGCUGCCCAGCAGGGCAAACAAACUACGAAUUAUACUUUAGCCAUUACUAUGAUUUAAACUGACGGCAGCUAUGUCCAUGUCCAUGUUGAAAUGAGAGUUGGUGAGAAAGUUGUUUUACUGUUGUGGAUUUCUGGCUUCAAGUGGCCAUCUUGCUUACUUGUUCGAAGUGGGAUUUGCAUAUUUUCACUUU